ACAUCUCGGGUGAGAGAGAAAAGCACUGAGAUGGAAUUAGGCAGGACGAACUUCGGGUUUUUUAUUCAAGACUUCUCGAGGACAGAAGACUGGAAUGCUUUCUCGAAUAAAUGUAUCAACUUAUUUUCUACGAGAAAGCAUGUUCGCUUCUUCUUCUCACUCGUAUUUCUUUCGGGGAUUUGUUUCGGGGCCACGCUAGGGAUGCAGAAGAAUUGUAGAAUGGAAGGCUGAAGCGUAUGUGAGUGCCGCACGUGCAGAACGAAAGUGAGGACUUACUGAGCGGCAGUGUACAGGGGCUCAGGCUCGUAGCCGUGGUUAAGGAACAAAGAAAAAUCUCUUUUGAACGACGAUGCGUAAAUCUAGUGACCACUAUCUUCGCACGUGUUGAAUAACAGCUCAGGAGUUUAUCAUGAGAGGGAGAAGUACAUGCUCAAGAAUGUGGAAUGUACUUGUGCAACAAUCAUAAAAUCUGCACCUGAACUUGCCCGGAAAAUAUAGGGCGACCUUCUCCGUGUUUCUGCUCCCUAGCUAACGUUAGUUCACUCGAUGCUCGCUGAAAAGCCAGAAAGGGAGAGUGUCGCGACGCAUUGUGUCGGCGGGCGUCGCGGGCUUGUCACGCGCGCCAACGCACCAGCGGCCGUUACAAUUUCCAGCCUUGGACUACAAGAUCCAGCCUUUAGACCUUAACCCGGCCCUCUUUAUUGUACAUCGCUCCAUCCAAUUAUCGUCAUAUCGCUCUCAUCCACAGUCUGGCCCGUUGAAGACUCAUGGGCAGAUGCAAGAGUUUUUUCUACAGCGUGUGAGACUUGUACUUUGCGCCACAUUCCUAUUAUCUCAGUCGAAGCAUGUGCAG